AUGGCAAUGAUGCGAUUAGUCUCUUUUCUCUUUUGUGUGGUGCUACUCUUUGGCUCUGCAUUCACAAAUAGCAAAGCUGCUGUUAAUACAGAUCCGCAACUACGCCCCAUUUGUGAGCGCCUCGACAAUAGGAAAAGUUUCGAUGUUCUCGAACCAGGGUUCAUAUUUGGGACAGCCUCAGCAGCUUACCAGUGCGCUGGUGCUGUAAAAACCGAUGGAAGAGGACCAAGUAUAUGGGAUAACUACACCCACAGAUAUCCAGAAAGAAUCAAGGAUGGCAGUAAUGGAGAUAUCGCUGUUGAUCAAUAUCAUCGAUACAAGGGUGAUGUGGCGAUAAUGAAAAAUAUAUCGGUGGAUGCUUAUAGAUUGUCUAUAUCAUGGUCAAGACUGUUGCCAAAUGGAACGCUAAGUGGGGGCGUGAAUAUGGAUGGGAUCAACUAUUACAACAGUUUUAUCGAUGAACUCAUAAAUAGCAGUAUAACACCAUUUGUGACAAUCUUCCAUUGGGAUCUUCCCCAAGCUCUAAAUGACUCAUAUGGUGGUUUCUUAAGCCCUAAAGUUGUCGAUGAUUAUUUAGCAUUUGCAAAACUUUGUUUUGAGAACUUUGGUAAUCGAGUAAAACACUGGAUCACGUUGAAUGAGCCAUAUACCGUUAGUCACCAUGGCUAUGCAGUCGGGUGCCACGCACCAGGGCGAUGCUCUGCUUGGCAAAACUUAAGCUGCAUCGGUGGAGAUUCGGGCACGGAACCAUAUUUAGUGACACAUCACCAACUCCUUGCACAUGCAGCCGCUGUAAAAUUGUAUAAAGAUGAAUAUCAGGCAUAUCAAAAUGGCUCGAUAGGAAUAACAUUGGUGUCGCAUUGGUUUGAGCCCGCUUCAAAUUCAACAAAAGAUAAAAGUGCUGCAAAUCGAUCUCUGGAUUUUAUGUUCGGAUGGUUUAUGGACCCAUUAACAUACGGUGACUAUCCGCCUAGCAUGCGAUCAAUUGUUAAAGAACGAUUACCAAAAUUCACAGAUGAAGAAUCCAAGUUACUAAAAGGGUCAUAUGAUUUUAUUGGAAUAAAUUACUAUUCUGCUAGAUAUGCAAGUAAAGGACAUGAAUUUAUUUCUGCACAUCAUGAUAGCUACUUAACAGAUCCUCACGUUAAUGUUACAACUGAGCUUAAUGGGGUCCCUAUUGGUCCACAGGCUGCUUCAAAUUGGUUAUAUGUUUAUCCAAAAGGAAUUUACGAUCUUCUAAGCUACACGAAAAAUAAGUAUAAUGAUCCAAUCAUUUACAUUACCGAGAAUGGCGUUGAUGAGUUCAAUGAUCCCAAAAUACCGCCUGAGCAAGCCCUUAAUGAUACCAAUAGAACUGACUUUUACUACCAUCACCUUUGUUACCUUCACAAAGCCAUGAGUGAAGGUGCUAAGGUGAAAGGAUAUUUCGCUUGGUCAUUGGUAGACAACUUUGAAUGGAAUGAUGGAUACACGGUUCGUUUUGGUAUUGUCUAUGUGGAUUACAGGAAUGGUACUGCUAAUUAUCUACGAAGGUAUCUAAAAAACUCAGCAGUGUGGUUCCAAAAUUUCCUCAAGAAACGUCUUCAUUGA